GAUAGCAGCAGUAAGAAGGAGUUUGUGUCUUCGGAAAGUCAUCUCCUAUAUUACCCGAGUAUCACGUACACCAUCAUCGGCAGCUCCGUCAUCUUCGUACUGGUAGUGGCAUUGCUGGCCCUGGUUCUUCACCAUCAAAGGAAACGCACAAACCUGAUGAGUCUUCCAGUGCACCGGCUGCAGCACCCCCUACUGCUCUCCAGACUGGUGGUGCUGGACCACCCGCACAACUGCAGAGUCACCUAUAACGUCAACAACGGGGUGCAGUACAUGUCCAGCGAGGGGUACCAGCCACCAGUCAGCAUCGAGUCUCCACCAUCCUACAGCGAGGCUGUGCUGGACCACAACUCCCCUCCACCUUGGUUCUCUCUGCCUCCUCCUCCGUAUCCCUCCGACAUGGAAUCUUACAGCCAGACAGAGCUGCCUCCAUACCGCUCCCGAACAGGCAGCGUCAACAGCGCCGGUUCCAAUGGAAACACUCUGGACAAUUCCAGCAGCACUUGGGAUCCCGCCAGCCCUGCCGAAGCUCCAGAACCGGUCCAAUCAACCAGUGAGUCUCAACUGAGCACAGUGCUGGAGGUCUAA